AAGCUUCGCACUCUGUUUUCUUGUUUGACGAGAUUUUGCAGAGAUGGCGAGAACAGAGAAACUUCUUCAGAUGGUGAAGAUAUCAACGAUACUUAUGAUGAUUAUGGUUUUAGUUUUAUCAAUGGUGAUGACGAUGGCCGAGUCUUCGAGAUCAGUUGACGAUUCUGAGAUCUUAAGAAGACACUUGCUCGCUAAUGGCCUCGGCGUCACUCCUCCCAUGGGGUGGAAUAGCUGGAACCAUUUCAGCUGCAACAUAGAUGAGAGGAUGAUCAAAGAAACUGCUGAUGCUUUGGUUACCACUGGCCUCUCUAAGCUUGGUUACAACUAUGUUAACAUCGAUGAUUGCUGGGCUGAAAUUGCUCGUGACAACAAGGGAAGUCUGGUGCCAAAGAAGUCAACUUUCCCUUCUGGUAUUAAAGCGCUUGCGGAUUAUGUCCACAGCAAAGGCCUUAAGCUUGGGAUUUACUCAGAUGCCGGGUAUUUUACCUGCAGCAAAACCAUGCCAGGUUCUUUAGGCCAUGAGGAGCAUGAUGCCAAGACCUUUGCAGAAUGGGGAAUUGAUUACUUGAAGUAUGACAACUGCAACAACGAUGGCUCUAAACCAACUGUCAGGUAUCCAGUGAUGACCCGAGCUCUGAUGAAAUCUGGCCGCCCCAUCUUCCACUCCUUGUGUGAAUGGGGAGAUAUGCAUCCAGCUCUAUGGGGAUCUCCAGUAGGCAACAGUUGGAGAACCACUAAUGACAUCAAAGAUAACUGGCUGAGUAUGAUCUCAAUAGCAGACAUGAAUGAAGUCUACGCUGAGCAUGCAAGGCCUGGUGGCUGGAACGACCCGGAUAUGCUUGAAGUGGGUAAUGGAGGAAUGACGAAAGAGGAGUACAUAGUCCAUUUCAGCAUAUGGGCAAUUUCAAAGGCUCCUCUUCUACUUGGUUGUGACAUAAGAAACAUGACCAAAGAAACAAUGGAGAUUGUCGCAAACAAGGAAGUCAUUGCUAUAAAUCAAGAUCCACACGGUGUUCAGGCCAAGAAGGUUAGAAUGGAAGGCGAUAUCGAGGUUUGGGCAGGACCAUUGUCAGGUUACAGAGUAGCUUUGCUUCUGUUGAACCGUGGACCAUCGCGAAAUUCGAUCACUGCUCUUUGGGAUGAUAUUGAGAUCCCUGCAAACAGCAUAGUUCAAGCCAGAGAUCUAUGGGAGCACAAGACAUUGAAGCAAAAGUUUGUAGGGAACUUGACAGCAACAGUGGAUUCUCAUGCGUGUAAGCUGUAUGUUCUCAAACCUGUUGCGUGAAAUAUAUCUAUAGAGAGACGGAGAGAGUUAGUGUGGCUACCCUGUAUUCUCCAAUUAUUGUGUAAAAAACAAUAAGGGUGCGUCUCAAAUUGUGUUUCCACAGAUGUGUCUCCAAAAAAGUGCUCUAUUUUCACAAAUUGCUAAAGAUCAUUUACUGAUCUAA